GGGGUCCGGCCAUCCCUGCUCCACUCGCACUCUCACGCACACACAACACCAACAUGCCCCGGGCCUCGGGCCCGGGCCCAGCCGCAUUCUGGCGGAUCCGGAAUCCAAGUAGAGGCGCAGCGUUUGCGUCAGAAUCAUGCUGCUAUCUUGGACAUGGCAUUUCGGCGACUGAUAUACAACCCUCUUUCCGCCCGCGCGUUACUCCAAUGACCCUCCUCCUUAAGACGUCUACGUAAGUGCGUAAGCCCGACUACCUUUCGUGGCGUCUACUUUGUCCAUUUCGCUCUGUUCUCUCUCCAACCAUGGCGUCCGAAGACUCCGCACAGCCCACCUGCUUCGUCGCCGCUCGUGCCCAGGCCAUUCGGAAUCAUCUCCCUGGUCGCCGCAUAUCAGCAAUCCAACGGCGCCCCGACUCGGUCUUCAGCCGACGUGGCAUCGACUCCCCGGUCCAACCCGUCGAGCCCUUCACCAUGCGCUUCCCGGGGGCUAAGCCAUGUGACCAGCAACGGGCGCCGUCAAGGAGGUGGAAGUCCAAGAAGGCCCAGUCUCUGGCCUCUGAACGGAAAGGUACCAUUCUUCGCGCGGUCCCGCAGUCACCAGACCUCUCGAGCCUCCCCUCCACCGUGCCAUCGUCCGCUACGCAAUCCAUUCCAGACUCUAUAAGCCUCGCUGUCGCCGGAGCCGGCAUGGACCUCUCGCCAAAUGAGGAAAUUCUUCUCAAUAUCGGCCGGACCUCCCCGCCCUCAGCCAGUACGCCGCCGGUGAAUACACCGUUUUAUCACCCCCAUCGGUCCCUUCCUCGCAACUUCUCAUUCCCUAAACUGUCCCCGACAUCACCAAAGAAAGACAAGAAAAGCGCGAGGAAAAGCGAAGGAGACAAGGCCACCAUCGGUGUUUGGCGCAAUGGGAAAGCACAUUGGGAGGGGGAGCCGCCUAUCCCUGUGGUGAAGCGCCCUCAGGAUGCAUUCGCCGCUGAACUGGACUCGACACCCCUGCGGCUUGAAACGCCUGCGAGGGAAAUGACACCGGCUCAGAGGAACCAGCGGCCCAAGAUCCAGGUCAUCAUCCCCGGUGAAUGGCGCAAGAGUCCUUUCGAUACGCGGGAUCGCAUUGGACCGCCUCCUGCUCAACCACCACCACCUCCUCCUCCUCCGGUUGCGAACAAAAGGUCGUCUGAAAUGAUUGCUCCGUCUUCGGCUGCGAAAAAUGCCCGAACUCAAACCCGCAAAUCAGCUCCCCCAAGGCCCAGGCGAGAACCCGUGGAGGUAACGGUGCCGGUGUACCUCGAAAAGGUUCAGGAUCAACCAGGGAAAUCACCUGAGCACUGGCCAUCUGUCUCGAGCUCGUCAAACAGGUCAUUACAUGAAAAAGAUGCUGGAUACGGUUCGUCUAACUACAGUGGUAGCGGCAGCGGCAGCAGCAGGACCUCCAUUACCAGCCUCGAAGACAAUGGAGAGCCCCUCGUCAAGCCGCAACCGACUCUCCUCGGAGUAGGCCGCACGGGAAGCCAGGCGUAUUCUAUUAUUACUCCAGCUGCGGCGGGAAUUUUCGAUGACGCUACGCCGGUUGUCACCGCCAGCCAACCUGCAAGCCCCGUCGACGCCGCCGCCAUCGCCCAGCUGAACAAACCCCUUCCGGCUGAACCCGAGGAGGCAAUCUCCUUCACUGAUCAAGAUAAGCCAGCCUCUGCAAAGCUGCACUCGAGGACGCACUCAUCAUCACUUCCGAAUACGGCAAGACCGACGACGUUGAGCAGACGAAACUCCAGGCGCAACCCACGCAUCUGCGUGUCCGAGUGUAGCGUGGCGCCCGCUACCGAGAACACCACGGUUCCCCACGUUACUCCUCCGAGCCCAACGCUUAGCGAAGCCGAGACGGCGCUGGAGAAACAUCUCAAGAGCAUCCAGGAUCGCAAUCCUCCCGAGAGACAUGACGUGUCGAUGGGUCGGAGUCCGCCCGGAGCCACCCUCUUGGCGCCACCAGCGCCGCCACUCCCGCCAAAGUCCAGCCGGCGGAACAGAAUCGUCUCGUUGCCCGCCGGCAGCGCGGCUCGUGUACCUUGGAGCAAUGUUGCUACACAGCAACAUGUGACCGUUCGUCCAACGUCGCCCGCACCGCUGGUGCGGGACAUCUCCCCCAAGGUGGCCGAGACGAUCGUCCGCAGCAUCCUGGUGAACGCGCAUACGCUCGACGAUCUCUUCAACACUGCACUCGUCAACAAGGGCUUCCAUCGCAUCUUUAGGCGCAACCAACUAACCCUCAUGAAGGACGUUCUGCGCAACCAAUCAGCGCCGGCGUGGGAGCGGCGCGAGGCCUGCCCGCCUUACGAGGAGGAAGUCGAUGGUAAGGGCAAGAGCUGUGAGCCUGACAGCGCGUACCCCAGACCCGAAUACACGCCCAAGACGUACUUUCACCACUACAAGAAAGACGCGGAGGUCAUCUCGUCGCUGAAAAACCUCGUCCUGAACCGGUGCCAGACGUUCCUGCGGCCGGAGACGGUCAUGGCCCUCACGAGCGCUGACGCUGACCGCUCCGCCCGUAUGGACGACGCCUUCUGGCGCAUCUGGAACUUCUGUGAGAUUUUCGGGUGCGGCAAGGGCCGCGAGGACGACAUUACGGGCCAGACGGACUGGCUGCGCGGCGGGCCGCUGGUGCACCAGGCGGGGUGCCGGGCGACGAUCUUGAGCGGCGACUCGAUCGACGAUAGCGGCACGCUGCUGAACGCGUCGGAGCACUUCGCCAUGGGCAACCCGGGCGGCCUGUCGGCCGAGCAGCUGUACGAUAUGACGGAGGUCUGGACGUGCUUGGGCGUGCUGGUCUCGGUGCUGGAGGGGCACUCUGACCAGGCGCGCCGGUACGGCGUCUUUGACGCGACGGACGUUCGCGGCGGCGACAUUGACGGCGAGGAGUUUAUGCUGCAAGAAUGGAUGUACUACAUCCUAACCCUUGGCCUCGGCCCCGUUCUUGCUAUCGCCUCGUCGCCCACGCCCUUCCACCUCGCAGCCACAAACGGAUGGGCGCACUGGGCGCCGCCCGCGUUCGGGGGCUCGCGCGCCUGCUUCCUGAAAGAAGCCGUGGCACGCGUGUACGAGGAGAAGAUUGCAGCCAUGGCGUCGGGCGCGGCAACCAACGCGGCCGCAGCCUCCCGCCUCGAAAUGCGCGAGGUCAGCCGCCAGCGCGUCGCCGCGCACCGCGCAGAGAUACGCCAACGCCGCCGCGAAGGCGCAUACGCGACCGUGCGCAUGAGCAUGGAACGCCCCAUCAGCGAGUGGGAGGGCGUGUUCACGGCGCUGGGGGCAAGGACGCCGUCGCCGCGCCCGCAGACGCAGAUGCAGAUGCAGAUGCAGCCAAGGCAGCUGUCGCUGCUGCUGCCGGACCUGCCCGAACUCGAGGGCAGCACCCACGCCAAUGCCGUGCCCAACGCUGCCCGCGCUCGUGCAGAGGCAGACGAGCGCGCCCGCGUCCGCAGGAGCAUCGGCAGGCGCGAGGCCCUUGCCCAACAGCAGCAGCAGCAGCAGCAGCGCUACCAGACCCUCAGCGAGGAAAAAGAAUGCGGCGGCCUGCUCGCGGCGCCGGAGCCAAGGGAGCUGCAUCCUGCCUUGCGCGCGGAUUCGGACGCUGAGCUGACGAUGACGCUGCCAUCGGCCUCGACGUCGAUGUCGACGCUCUCGCCCUCUCCUCCUUACGACACUGCUCCGCACGAAACCGCUCCGCACGACGCUGCUCCCUACGACGCCGACGCGUUCGCGUACGUGCACCCUGCGCGGUUCGCAGCGCAGGUUUACGCGCCGUCUGGGCUAAGGAGCGCAAGAGCGAGCUAUGAUAGCGCGAGCGGCAGUGGAAGUGCGAGCGCGAGUGGGAGCGGGAGCGUAGCUCUAGGUCUCGGUGUCGGGACUGGUGUCAGGGGGACUGUUUUCCCUGCGCCUCCGCGCGGCAACGGCAGUGGCAAUGGCAAUUACGCGCACGGGUACGCAGAGUCGUACGCUCCGUCCGCCGACGGCAGCGCGUACAACGCCCCGCCGUCGACGGCGAGCAGCGCGGCGCUGCCGGCGUGGUUUCUGCCGUCGCCUCCUCCGCAGGGGCAGACGCAGGGGCUGGGUGGCUACAGGGAAAUCCACGCGCACCCGCGCCCGUACCACCAGCACCAGCACCAUAACCAACACUAUAACCACCACCAGCGCCCCCGCACGCCCAGCACAACAUCCCUCACAACCGCGCACUCGCUCUCCACCACCUCCUCAACCACAACCCUCAACCCCUCCACAACAGUAAACCCAUACCCCUCAGCCGCAGACCUCGCCGACGCAGACCCAGCCACCAACAGCGUCGAGCGCGCGGUCGCGAAAAUCACGGAAAUGGGCUUUUCGGCUGAGCAGGCGCGGUUUGCGCUCCGCAAGACGGAUUUGGGCGAUGGGUUGAGGGUUGAGAGGGCGGUGGAGGUACUGUUGAGUCUGUAGUGUGUGGGUGGGCGGGGGAUGGGUAACAUGGGUUUUCUUAGGAGGGGGUAAAGGAGGAAAGGGACGGAAACGAAAGGAAAGGAACGGAAUGGGAAGGGAACAGGAGUUGUUGCUGUCGUUUACGAUACCCGAUUUGCUUUUGUUGUUUGGUUGUUUGGUUUUUAUGGUUGGGUUGCUAUGGCAUCGGCUAUGAGCGCUGUUGGUUGUGGCGGUUUGGUUUGGUUGGUUUAAUGGUUUUGGAUUGGGUUGAGGUUGGGUUGAGAGGGAGAUUGAGCGGGUAGGGAGAUGAGAGGAGGGAGAGAAGGGAGGGGAAUGAAUGAAUGAGUGAUUAAUAAUUUGAUAAGUUGAGGAAUGACAUGGUUUCGUUAUGUAACGCUGCUGCAGCGCAG